UGUUUUCUUUUUGAUAAUAGUCAGCCCACAGUCACUCUCAUACGGAGGACUAUUGUAGACAAGACAGGUCAACUGUGAUCUCUUUGUGUAUCUUCACUCCUUAGUUACUAAUGGAUGCAUCAAUGCUUCAAGCUCGAGCUGCCACUCUCAGGAAGACUGGCAAUCGUGAAAGUGUAUCUAGUUCUCCUCCAAGUGCUUCUCCUAAACCAGCAAACCCAUCCUUUGGGAGUCAGCAACAAAACUUUGCAUUCUCUCUGAAGCCAAGUACUUCUAAUAUUGCUCCUUCAUCUACAGCUCCUCAGUUCACUUUACCCAAACCAACUGGGGGUCCUAAAACAGGCCCAAAACCAGUGGCCCCAAAACCAGUUAAGAACAAGCCAGGGCCAAGGAGCAGUGUUGAUGAUUCUGUCAUUACUAACUCAGUGUCAAAGCAAGUAGACAUAUUAAAGCAGAGGAGUCAAACAAUUAAUAGACCAACAAAAGCAUCACUUCCAGCCACUGGCUCAUACUCUGUUACUGAAUUCUCUAAUCAGUUGAUACGUCCCCCAAUACCAGCUAGUCCCCCAAUACCAGCUAGUCCCCCAGUACCAGCUACCCCUCCUCCAAUGCAGCACCAGCCACCAGUUCAUAACCCUUUUCAACACAUGCAGCGUCCUCCUAUCCCAAUACAGCCUCAGUCCUAUGCACAGCCUCCAGUGCCUGACUAUGAUCCUGAUGAUCUUGUGGAUGAUGCUUACGAUGACAUUGAGUCAGUCAAGGAGGAAAUGGCAUUAUAUUUGUCUUCUACAGCCGGAGCUCCACCACCUUUGCCGCCAAUGAAUACAAAGCCGGUAGCACAUGAUACUUUUCUCAAGAAACCUAUAAUCAGUUCAAAUGACCAAAGCUUUGUGCCUACUCCACCUCCAGAGAUUCUAUCGAAUCGUAGCUCAAUAUCGUCAGGCAAAUCCUUGCUCACGAGAGGACCAUUGUCUUCGACAUUACAGCGGUCUCUUACACUACAGGAGCUGGUGCAAAGCCAUCAACAGUCAUUCCCUCUUCAAAUACAAGUAGUGGGAGAGAAUGAAGUGAUAUCAAAAGGAGAGCAGUUCAACAUUCACUUUAUAAAGACAAGCAAAGCUGUCCAGAUGACUACCACCACAGGAACCAAUAUCACUGUCCCAGUAAACUCUGCCAUUAAGUUUGGUGCCAUCUAUGAUCCAGCUAACCAGCAGCAAAGUGCAAUACAUGGGUACGGGUUCACUACAGUGUACGAGAUAAUGUCAACGGCAUUUUUGCCGCCUCUUGUAUAUGUUCAGAGCACCUAUGAUACAAGCACUGCAGAGUCAAGCAUUCAGACAGGCGAGAUACUUGCUGUUAAAGAAAUCGGGAAGCAUCGUUUUCGAGGAAAGAAUUUAACCUGUACGGUCAUCCAGACCGGUGAGACAAAGAAACUACUGGAGAAUUGUACGGGAAACUUCUCGACUGCACCAGUGGACGUCAGGCUGUGUCUCAAUGAAAUAUUACAAUACCUCACUCUUCCCCUCAAUUGCCUAUUGUAUUAUGAUGGCCCUAAUGCUCAUGAGAUCACCAAUCAAUUGCCAGGAGGGGUAGUCACCAUACAGGAGCAACAAAACGUAGACAGCCUUGUUGUCACGAGGAUAUCAGACGACAGCAAGCUUCUGGAGCUACCGCUAGAUUCAAGCAUUAAGGUUGAAAUAUUACCAAGCAACCCACCGUUAAAGUCUGCACUGGAAGAUAAAACAUUAAGCUUAUACAAUUCAUUCAUGAUAGCAAACAUUGACAGUGUUUCCCUCUUAUCUUCAGAAACACCUUAUCAGCUUCAGAAACAAAAGCUCUUUGCUUCCCUAAUCGCUCACACUAGCUCUCCAUCUUCCAGUGGCAUUACGUUGAAACUACCGCAAAGCUUGCAGGGCAGGAAAAGCAGCAUAGUGAAGUCACCCUCAAAUUUAUCCGAUAAAAUGGUGAAGUCACCCUCAAAUUUAUCCGAUAGAAUGGUAAAGUCACCCUCAAAUUUAUCCGAUAAAAUAAUGCCACAGCCUGAUCCCAGGCCGCAGUCCCCUGAAUCUGUGUAUGACAUACCUCAGGCAGCUUUAGCUUCCCUUCCUCCAACCCCACUAUCAAUGAAUCAAGCUCCGGCUCUACGCACAGGACUUCCUACAACUUCAUUUCCUCUUCCAGCUCCAAUUCCGCCAGCAGCAGCAUCAGUUCCACUAGACCCAGAGUCUGAGUAUGAUGUCCCACGCGCUGCUCUGCUUAGGAACGAAAUGAAAGGACCUGAUCAGAAUAGUUUGAAGUCUCAAAUUGAUCUUCUCAAAACGGAGAAUAUAGCACUUCGUUCAACUGUUACCAUACUUGAGAAAACUGUUGAGAGUCUCCGAUUAAGACUAGAUCAAUUGGGUGAGGAUGUAAGUAUGUUAAUGGGGAGAUCAUCAUCAAGGUCAGCUUCUGCCCCUGAUACAAGCAAAAUAGAGGAAAAUCCAGAAACUAACAGAAAACUACUGCAUUCUCUCACCACUGAACAAGUUCAGUUUUUGCUGAAAGAGAUGCACUUGCAAGACUAUGCUAAUAACUUUAUGAGAGAGCGCAUUGAUGGAUCCAUUCUCUGUACUCUUGAUGACGUGACUCUUAAUGAGAUUGGGAUCGGUUCUAAGCUUCACAGAAUCAAGCUACUCAAUGUCAUCAAGGGAAAGGUCUCGGCAAGAACAUACCUAGAACGUGACCCUUAUGUAAAGUGCUACAAGAAAUAACUAUUUUAAUACUCGAUACUGAUUAUUGUGCUUUUUGUUUGUAGUUUGUGAUAAUAUUAUUAGUAUAUCAUGUGUAUAUUUUUGAUGUGUGGUAUAAUAGAUUACUCCCACAAGUUUUGACUGUAAA